UCAGUGUGUUCAACAUCUCCAGUUCCUCCACACCUGUGACACACACACUCGAGCGAUGGCGGCCACACUGGGGAUGCUGGGAGUUAUCCUGCUGAUCGGCGGAGUGCAGGUCGCUUCUUCGGCCAUGACUGUGAAUAUACCAGCUAAAGAAUAUAAGAUUGCGAGAGGUGAUGAUGUGACGAUCCCCUGCAGAUUCACACCGCAGAAGACGGGUGAUAACGUCCAGAUCACAUGGAACGCAGCUCCAGAUGUGCCGACAGAACCCACGAUCAAAAUCCUCACUUCAACUAAAGUGCAGACGAAAUAUAAAGGCCGGGCGAAUCUAUUACAAGAUUUCCCGACCGGAAAAGCAGAUCUGCAGCUCCUGAAGGUCACUAGCGCAGACACGCGCGUUUACGAGUGUGGAGUUGAGAAUUUGAGUAAUGACGAGGACGGUGUGUCUGCCACGACCAAACUCAUAGUCUUGGUGGCUCCCUCGACGCCCAUCUGCAACAUCGAAGGGACGCUGGAAUACGCUCAGGACAUCAAACUGAGCUGCCGCUCGGAGGAGGGGACGCCGACGCCGGCCUACAGGUGGCAGAGCUACGACACCACCAACAGACCUCGCCCCAACCCGGCCAAGACCACGGACCUAAACGGAGUUUUGUCGCUCUUCAAUAUUACCAAAGAAACAUCCGGUUUCUACACCUGCACGUCCACCAAUGAAAUCAGAUCUGCAACGUGUAAUCUGACCCUGGCCGUCAUGCCACCGUCCAUGAGCAUGGCGUCGGUCGGCGGGAUCGUCGGAGCCGUUGUGGCCGUAGCGGUUGUCAUCGGGAUCAUCUGCAUCUGCUGCUAUUGCUGUCGGAGGAAGGAGAAGCCUGAGGAAUACGCCAUGGGGACUCCUGAAGGAGGAGAGUUCACAGACAACGACCCUGAGGAGAAAGAAGACGGUCCGGAAGAACCCGUCAGGUACGAGGAAGAACGCCGCGUGAAAAGCGCCGACAGACUUGAUCCGCAGGACAACCGUAGCGAGAGGAGCUACGACCGGCGCAGCGACUACACCGACCGACGAGACGACCACGGCGACCGGCGCGAGCGCUACGAUCGAGAUGAUCGCUACGAUGACCGCCGUGACCGUGACCGUGACCGCGACCGCUACGAUGACCGGCGAGGUCGGGACGAUGACCGGCGAGGUCGUGACGAUGACCACUACGACAGCGACCGCUACUCCGAGCGCUACGACAGCCGCGACAGACCUCCUAGCGUUCCGCCCAAUAAACCCAGAGACCCGAGAAUCUGAGUUCAGCAGACACUGAUUCAUUCCUCAGCCACGGAAGCACAAUCAUUACAAAAGAUUCAUGAUCUUCUAGUACAUCAUAAUUAUGACAUAAAAAUAUUCAUAUUUAGAUGAAAAGUCGGAAUUGACACUCUAAGUCAUGUUUUUGAUUAAGAUUUACCAAAGUGUUGCAACAACAAAAGUUUAUCCUCAUAUUUUGAAUAUUAGAUUUGAUAGAAUAAAAGGGCUUUAAUAAAUCUAACGCUGGAGGAACCAGCCGACACACACCACUGUUGUGGGCGUUCAGUCCAGUGUCCUGAUGAUGCAUGAGGCGUUGAUGUGCUGUAUAGUGUGCUUUCACUGCUGGUCAUGUGUUCUGAAAGGCCAUUACUGUAUUGAUGUCUGAGUUUCAAAGCCCCUCGUCUCAUAUUUAAGUGGGUUUCUGUAUUUUUACGACUCUUUUGUUUCUCUGUUGAUGUUUCUUUUGGGUUUUCCUUGAAUUUAUGUCGUCUUAACCUCUUAAUAUUCAUAUAGUACGAAGAAAUAUUGGUGAAUAUUUUUU